AUGUCAGUUGCUAGUGUUGUAGCUCUUAGUCCAGCCCUGGAGGAACUUGUGAACUUUCCAGGUUUUAUUGGACGGUUUGGUCUCAACUUAGACGACCCAAUCUUGAUUUUCCUGACUAUUGCUGGAUCUCUGAACCCGAAGCGGGUUAUGGAGUCAGGUUCAAUAGCGUCGGUGAAGCUAAGGAUUCAGAGUAUCAAGGGAUUUUUUGUGAAGAAGCAGAAGCUGGUGUACGAAAGUAGAGAGAUAGCUCGAAAUGGUUAUGGUCUUGGUGAUGGGAAGCUGUUGCAUUUGGUUAUUAGGCUUUCAGAUCUCCAAGCCAUUUCCGUAAAGACAGUUGGCGGGAAGGAGUUUGAGCUCUUUGUUGAGAGGAGUAGAAACGUUGGAUACGUGAAGCAGCAAAUAGCUUUAAAGGGGAAGGAGCUCGUGAAUCCUUGGGAUCAUGAACUCACAUUAGAUGGUGAAGAGCUUGAUGACCAGAGACUCAUCACUGAUCUCUGUAAAAACGGAGAGAAUGUGAUUCAUUUGCUAAUUAGGAAAUCCGCUAAAGUCAGAGCAAACCCAGUUGGGAAAGAUAUUGAGGUUUCUAUUGAAGUUGGAACUCACAAGAACAGUUCACCACAAGCAAAGCCUAAAGAUCUCUUGGUGGAGCCUGUUGUUGUUAACCGUGAAAUCGAACUGCCUUCAUUGCUCAAAGAGCUUAUCAGCUCCACUAUAGAAGGCUUGGAGAAGGGAAAUGGCCCGGUCAAAUCAUCUGAUGGAUCAGGGGGAGCUUAUUUCAUGCAAGAUCCAUCCGGACACAAGUACGUCUCUGUCUUCAAGCCCAUUGACGAGGAGCCAAUGGCUGUGAACAAUCCACACGGAAUGUCAGUUUCAGUUGACGGCGAGGGACUAAAGAAAGGCACACAGGUCGGUGAAGGAGCUAUCAGAGAAGUAGCAGCCUACGUCUUGGACUAUCCCAUGACCGGAUCACGGACUUUCCCUCAUGACCAAACCGGUUUCGCUGGAGUCCCGCCAACAACAAUGGUUAAAUGCUUGCACAAAGGCUUCAACCAUCCCAAUGGUUACAGCGUCUCUCCUGAGAAUGUAAAGAUCGGUUCGCUGCAGAUGUUUGUGAACAACGUUGGAACUUGUGAAGAUAUGGGAUACAGAGUCUUCCCUGUUGAUCAGGUUCACAAGAUAUCGGUUCUCGACAUGAGGCUGGCUAAUGCAGAUCGCCACGGUGGCAACAUUUUGGUUAGCCGUGACGGAGAAGAUGGUCAGAUCAGGCUUACUCCAAUCGACCACGGCUAUUGCAUCCCCAAUAAGUUUGAAGAUUGCACAUUUGAGUGGCUAUAUUGGCCUCAAGCAAAAGAGCAAUACUCUCCAGAGAUAUUGGAAUACAUCAAAUCUUUGGACUCUGAGAAAGACAUUGAACUUCUGAGAUUCCAUGGCUGGGAGAUUCCGGCUUCGUGCACACGUGUCCUCCGCAUCUCGACCAUGCUUCUCAAGAAAGGUGCUGCAAAGGGUCUCACAGCAUUUGCAAUCGGAAGCAUAAUGUGCAGAGAAACACUUACGAAAGAAUCUGUGAUCGAACAAAUCAUACACGAUGCAGAAGCCAUGGUGUCACCAGAGAGUACUGAGGAGCAGUUUAUCAGCGCCGUCUCUGCUGUUAUGGACAACUGUCUCGACCUUUGA